GUUGCACCUGAGACUUCGACAAUGCAGACUAUUAUCAUCAUCAGCGCUAUCCUGGCUUGCGGAGCUGCUGCUCCAGCCUACCUCCUAGCUGAAGAGGCUCAUGUAGUCCACACCUUGCCAAGCAAGUCUACUUUCACCCAGAGCAGCCAGGUCGUCAACCAUGGAAGCACCCACGUCUUGCACCCAGUUGAGACCAUCCACACUAUCCCUGUCGUCCAUGCUAAAACCACCAUCACGAAGUCCAACCAAGUUGUCAGCCACGGCGGCACUUACGUCCAUCCAGUGCACUCCAUCAGUGUCAUGCCUGUCCAUGAAGUCUACCAUGUGCCGAAAACUACUGUCACCAAGAGCAACCAGGUUGUGAACCAUGGUGGUACUGCUGUGCUCCAUACUCCCGUGAUUCAUACUCCCGUGGUCCAUGCUCCCGUGGUCUCCGUGUCUCAUCCCGUGGUCUACCACUCCUCACCACUGGUGACCCUCAAGACUGGCGACUCCGCAGUGACUCACCACAGUUCCACUGUCCACGAAACUGUGCCAGUUGUGAAGUCUAGCCUAGUCACUUUUCAUCAUUAAUUAAUUUUGUCAUUGUUUUGUUUGAAUAAAGAUUUGUUUU